AUGGCCCGUACCAAGCAGACUGCUCGUAAGUCACCGGGUGGGCAAGUGCCCCGCAAGCAGCGGCGGGGUGAAAAAACCUCAUCGCUACAGGAGGCUAGCGAAGCUUACCUGGUGGGUUUAUUUGAAGAUACUAAUCCGUGUGCCACCCACGCUAAGAGAGUCACCGUCAUGCCCGAAGACAUCCAGUUGGCUCGCCGGGUGCGGGGAGAGAGAGCUUAA